AUGCCACCCAAAGCAAGCUACAAGCCAUACCUCCCUCAGAUCGAGGCCUUCUUCAAAGAAAACGAGCUCAGCUCCCCGUACGACUUGAACGCCACACUCUUCAACCAGGCCUACGAUCUCGCUCGACUCGCCCGUCCCGCUUCUGACAAGCAAAUGGCCAACUUCUUCAAAUAUCUCAACACCACUUUCCGAAGCGACGCUCAGGUCUCUGGCAAAGGCAAGCUGGAGGCCGAGCUCAUCAAGGAGAGCCUCGCAUCCUACUCUGCUGACGCCCCAGCCGCCUCCGCGGUCGAGAGAGUUGCGGCACCAGAGCCUGCUAUGCCCAUUUCAGACGACUACGUUGAUGAUGACAUGUCCGAUGCCCACGACCUUGCUGGCCACGGAGAUCCCCUUGAGCCUCAGCAUGCUGGCUUUGAAGCCUCGAGAAUGUCCUCUGUUGAGUGCGAGGCCAAUCUCAAGCAGAAAGAAAAGGCCCUGGAGCUGGAGGUUAGCGCCCAGAUCGCACACUGGAAGCAGGAGGUGGAGCAACAGAGAUCAGAGAAUCAGGCUCUGAAGAGCAAGACGGAAGCUCUGAGCAACGCAAACGCCGCGUACAAGCAGCAGGUCACUGUCCACCUGCAAAAAGUCGCGAGCCUCACCGAUUCCAAUGCCGGACUUGUGCUCGAGAUUUCUGACCUCACCAAAGCAAAUGAUGCUCUUUCCAAGCUGGCCGCGGAGAAUGAGAAACUCACCAAGGCAAACGCUGCCAUCACCAAGCAGAAGCUCGAACUUGCGGAGAAGGCCACCAGCCUGGUCAGGAAGCAGGCCGAAUCCGACUCCAAAAUUGGCACGCUCGAAAUGAAUCUCGCAUCCGAAGCUGCCCAGCUCUGCUGCCAGCGCGACAAAGCCGCCACCCUGACGCGUGAGAAGAACGAGCUGCAGCAGGCUCUCGAGCAGUACCAAUCGGCUGUCGUUCUCCCUGCUUCCUUCAUCCCAGCGGCGGUCCGCGAGCACGCGCAAGAGCUUCGCGCCCAUGGCAGCGAGGAAGCGAAGCUCGAAUUCCGACAGGCGUGUGAGGGCGCUGCGAGCGGCAUGGACUGCAAGGCUUUGCAGAGUAUGCUGUUGCGUGCUCGAGCCGGCGUGGAUGGGGGGAUGGUCUUUCAGAGUCUGAAGGAGAUCAAGAGCAUCGCUGACAUGCUGCGUGGAGCUCUGCCUCUUCAGGAGUAG